AUGAAAGAACAAGAUCUUCUGAGGGAAUUUAAUGAUUCGAUUCAAUUUGUUGACAACAGAUAUUGUGUUAAGUUGCCUUGGAUAGAAGGGAAGCAAGAAAAGUUGGUGAGCAAUAGGGAGGUGGCAUUAAAACGUUUUAAUAGUUUGGUCAAGAGGUUUAAGAGAGAUCCAUCUUUGUAUAAGGAGUAUCGGGAGGUUGUAGACGAUUAUCUUAAAGAGGGAAUAGUUGAAUUGUCAGAUGAUUUAAUUAAUGAAUCUACAUUUUAUUUGCCCCACCAUGCUGUCAUUCGCGAAGAUAAAACAAGUAGUCGCCUGAGAAUAGUGUUUGAUGGUACAGCUCAUGCAGAGGAAGAAUACUCACUCAAUGAUUGUCUUUAUACUGGAAUGAACUUAUAUCCUAACUUGUUCGAGCUUUUGUUGCGAUUUAGACAAAAUGCUAUAGCAUAUACAGCUGAUGUUAAACAUGCAUAUUUACAAAUUUUGAUAGACUCAGAUGAUCGACGAUUUACCAAAUUUUUCUGGAUUGAAGACCUCAAUUCUGACAAGCGUUGUGUACUAAACUUCACUAGAGUGCUAUUUGGACUGAAACCAAGUCCUUACCUGCAUGAAGCAACUCUUAAGUACCAUUUUGAAAGGUACCAAAAUUUGUUCCCAGAAACUUGUGAAGUGUUAAGAAAUUCGUUUUGGGUCCAUGAUCUCGUUGGAGGAACUGAUAAUUUAGAAACGGCGCAGGAAAAACAGCACCGGAAGUGUAGAAAUAAUGAAGAAAUCUGGAAUGGUGCUUGGAAAAUGGCAAACUAA